UAUUCAGCUCCUGCACUUCAGAGUUGGUUAUCGUUUGGGCUUGCUGGGGUUUUACGCCCAACCUCUGAAAGUGACUGGAUUCCUGUAGUUUUUUUUGGCUGUGCUCAGACUGCAUCAUGUGGAUGCUUGAGAACAUUUUGUUAUGGAACUUGAUGGCUGGAGUAAUGCUCUUGUGUCAAGCAAGGCCAAAUAUGCUGACUUCGCAUUCAAAGGAUGGAUUAAGCUCUGAUUGUGCUGCUAAUCUAAUGAGGCUGUCAUUGGACAAGGCUUUAGCAGUGGGCAACCAACUUGAGGUGGAGGCCAUCAAUGGCACCCAGCACAUUGCAUUGACACCCAACCUGGCUGCUCAGUGUGGCUACAGCAUGGAGUCUGACCCUUGGGGAAACACCAGAAUCUACACGUCUCUGAUGGGCUGCUUUGUGGACAACCAAGAGGAUACAACAUUUAACGUUGGCUUGAGGCUCCGAAUGUAUGGCGAAAAACCAGCUGAUGUGGUUAGUCAUGAUGUGUCUCAGACUUGCAGCUACACUCGCUGGGCCUCCAGGGAGAUUCUCUGUGAAAGGAACUACAUGGAAGUGUCCCACCACAUGAAUACACCUGUCUUACAAACUGAAAUUAAGUUACAGACUGUGGAUGACAAGAUCAACACUAGUCCUGAUGCCUCUGCUUCUGCACAUGGUAUCUGGAAGAUGACAUUUUACACCCCAGAACCAGUGGUAAUGGUGCUGAAAGAGGCUGAACAAGCUGGAUAUGGUGCCAUGACUACCUCAAGCCGUCUGGUUAUGCGAAGCCCGUACAAUACCGCAGAGACUUAUUCAGAGGACGUUGCUGGAGUCCCCAUGGAAGUGUUCAGGGUAAGUGCUUACUACAAGGCAGCACAUGGUCUGAGUGUGGUGAACUUGGCAGCUGUGUGUCCCACAGGUGGUGUCCUCUUUACCGACGAUGUGAUCUCUUGGCACGUACCUCGCCGUAUGACUCCUCUGGUAGAUGGCAGCUUUACAGUCCUAGAAAUGCACAUGGGCAUCAACGGGCAGAGGCUGGAUAAAUCUAAGAUGGCCACACGGGGUUACACACUAUCCACCACAGACUUUCACAUCAGAGUUGAUAUCCCAGUGGGCUCCCCUGAUGGUUACUUCAAGAGCCAUGCCCCAGAUUACCAGUACCACGUCGCCUACGUUGUUGAGCCCAUGCUUGAGGAACUGUGGAGGUCCGAUGACACCAACGAAGAUACCAGAUACAGGGUUUUGUUCCCCAUUACCACUCCUCUGAUGCCUAGACUACCCUCCGUCCAUGACUAUACUAUCCCAGAGACUCGAGUGUUCAGCCUUCACAUUGGAACUUUCCUUUAUGAUGUGGUGCUUAAGAACAUCACCUUCACCACUGGGGUCCUCACUGUUGAUGAGAGCAAUGCCAAAGGCUUCACUGUUGAAGAGCAAAGCUUCCCCAAUGGAACCAAGAGCUUCUCUCUAAAUGUGCCCUUUGAUGCUGAAGUUGUCCUGGCCAGUAAUCCUGACCGCUUGGUUACAGCCUACUUCCUCAACCUGAUCUUUGGGUUUAUCAUCCUGCCUGAAGAAACUCCAUUUUCCCACUCUGUUGAAUUAGAAACAUCGCUGCAGGAUGUUGUCCUACCCACAAUCACUGGCACCUGUGACCAGAGCCAGUUCUACAUUGUUGUGAAAUUCGGAAGUCAUGGCUCAAAUUUUCACGCAAUAGUUGGCCCUCGCCAGCUGACGCCAGAGAUGGCUGAAGAAUACCAUUUCCAAGAAAACGGCACACACCUCAGUCUCAUUCUGCCAUACAAAGCCAAGGACACUGCCUUCGAGAUGAUUACCUCAGAUUCAGUCAGAGCCAGAGUUGACAUCAUUCUGUUAGAUUCCACCAACAACUGGGUGCUUGCUGAUCUCUACCUGGCCUGCAACUUCCCCUUAACAACAACUCAGUGCCACUCCAAUGGAACAAUGACCGCUUUAGCUGUGAAGGUGGAAGCGGUGCCCAGUCUGGUGCCAAGUAGGCUGACUCUAAACGACCAGUCCUGCAAACCGGAAUUCAGUGACGCUCGCUUUGCAUAUUUCUCUUUCAGUGCCGAUUCCUGUGGUACCACUAGAAUGUUCUUUGACAACUACAUGCUAUAUGAAAAUGUGAUUGGCCAGCAUUACAACAAAGUAGCCCAAAAAUCACCAACUGAACCUGAUUACAGGCAAACUGUUUCCUGCUACUAUGUGGUCAAUGACACUCAGACACUUGCCUUCAGCGCUCAACCAAGAAGCUAUGACCCCACAGCAGAGAGCGGCACAGGGCAGCUGACUGUGCAAAUGAGACUAGCAGAGGAUUCAUCAUACGAGCACUUCUACCAAGUGGAAGAUUAUCCAGUAGAGAGAUAUCUGAGGCAGCCACUGUACUUUGAGGUGGAGCUGCAGUCUACUGACCCCCAGUUGGAACUUAUCUUGGAGAAUUGUUGGGCCACAAUUCAUCAAGACCGGACAUCUCUGCCAAGCUGGGACAUCAUUGUGGACACCUGUGAGAAUCGCGAUGACAGCUACGCAACAAUUUUCCAUCCUGUUGUGAAGGACUCUAGGGUUUUGGUCCCAUCCCACAUCAAACGCUUCUCUGUCAAGAUGUUCACCUUCACUAAAGAUGAUGAGGUUAUGAAAGACGAGAUCCAUGUCCACUGUGACUCAGUGAUUUGUGACACUAACAGCCAAGCUGAUAAUUCCUGCAGAGGCCAGUGUGUGUAUAAUGCAGGUCUGAACAACGCCAGACAACAAGGGAUAACUGGACUCAAAAGGGCGCAAAGAAGCACAGACUCGACCUUUCAAAGGAAGAUCUCCUCUGGACCUAUUCUUCUCUCAAACCUCUAAAUAAAAAUAAAGAACAGUUCUUAA